AUAGAAAUGGAAGGGUAAAAAUUAAGAGAGAGAGAGAGAGAGAGAGAGAGCUUGUACAUAUGUUCUUCCUUGCAUGGGGAAAUUAAACAUUCUUUUCUUUCUUGCAUGUAUUUUCUUGGUUGGGGUGAAUUUCUUCUUCAUGCAAAGCGGCCGCUUGUGGAAAAAAGAAAGAGAAGGAAAAGUGGGACCUGCCUUGUUCUGAAAGAAGAACGCGGGAAGAAAAAAAAAAAAAAAAAGCACGGAUUCAUAUCCCAACAGGAUCAAGCUGAGAAAAUCCCAAAACGGAGGCGCAAACGAACAUGGUUUUUCUGGGUUUUCUCAAUUCCGCCGGAAAAUGUUUGGGUGUUCUUGGCUGGCCUCUUGUUGCUCUGGCGUAUCCUCUCUGUGCUUCGAUUUGGGCGAUCGAGACUAAUUCGAACUCGGACAUUCGGAAGUUGGAGAUGUAUUGGGUUCUCUUUUCUUUGAUUACACUCUUUGAUCAAACAUUUGUGUACCUUCUUCAGUGGCUUCCUUUCUGGCCUUACCUGAAGCUAAUGGUCAUCUUCGGGUUGGUACUACCGAACUUCCAUGGGGCUUUCCAUGUCUAUCAACUCCUUGUUCGUCCAAGCUCUCUCAUGAAUGUUAUGAGUGUUAUCAACUGGUUCAAUAAGCAGAGGGAACUCCAUCCUAAGGAAGAAGACUUCCUUGUUGCAGCAGAGAGAUAUGUUAAAAAGAAUGGAAGUGAAUCUUUGGAGAACCUUAUGGCUAUAAAGGUUAAAAACGGGACAGAACUCACCGGGACAGACAAUGAAAGAUGUGCAAGUGCAGAGAUCCAAGAAUCAGCUGAGCCAAUGGCUAGGGCAAUAACAACAUCUAAAGAAAAUUUUCCUGAGUCUCAAUCUUUGAAAGAAUUUCCAAUAGAUGACGGAAAAUUUGAAGCUGUUGAGAUGGAGAAUUCUGGAAGGGCUACAGCAGGGGCAGCUGCGGCAGGCAGAAACUAUGAGCUUCCCCAAGUGGGAACUUCAGAGAAAGUUCAAGAGGGAGAUAUAAAAAACACGACUGGGGAAAUCAAAGAAUCGACAAAAGCAGCCACAGCGACAACGGUUGCAGGUGGAGACAAUCAGCUUCCUGAGAUCACCACUUCAAAAAUGGUUCAGAAAGAGUGGACUUGUGCUAUAUGUCAGGUAAAAACCCAGUGUGAGAAAACCUUGAAUUCCCAUCUUCAAGGAAAGAAACACAGGGCCAACUAUGAAAAGCUGACAGGAAAAAAACUGGAGUCCGAAGACAAGGGCUUACCUGUUCCACUGGCAAAAAAAUCUGAUCAGAACAGAGAGGAAUCAAAGUGUCCACCUGCCAAUGAACUGGGACAGAAAAAUACUAAAGAAGAAGUGGGAACGGUGCAGACAUCCGGGAUUGCAUUACAUUGCAAAGUCUGCAAUAUCAACCUCCAGAAUCAGAACGACAUGAGCUUUCAUCUUAAAGGAAAGAAACACCGGGCCCGGAUUCGAGAACCAGUCGUCUCACCUGUUCCAUUGGCAAAAAUAAUUGAUCAGAGCAAGGAGGAAUCAAAGAAGUGUCCACCUGCCAAUGUACUGGGACAGAAAAAUACUGAAGAACAAGUGGAAAAGGUGCAGACAUCCGGGAUCAGUGAGCAGGGUGAGCAUAACUCGAUGAAAACUGGUGUUGAGAUGAAAGAGCCUGCAUAACAUUGCAAUGUCUGCAAUAUUGACUGCCUGAGUCCGAACAACAUGAACUCUCAUCUUAGAGGAAAGAAACACCAGGCCCGGAUUCAAGAACUAGUCCAAUAGGGGGUCAUGCUGUUCAGUUGUUGCCAUGGCUUCUAUCAUUUUAUGCAAUUGGUAGGUUUUAAGGCUAUCUGAGUUGCCCUGGUUGUGUAAUUGGUAAUAUUGCAGAUAUCAGAUACAAAAAGCAACAAAAUGAAAUGUUGGGUAGCUAAAUUACAGACCAUGAUGAUUAGUCAUAUUCAUUUCUGAAGCUUCUUCUGCUCUUCUUUGGAAAGAAGACAAUGUCUUCCCCAAUUAUUUUC